AAUUUCGGGUUGAAUCAUACCCGAAUAGAACAGUGUUCAUAGACGGAUGCGAAGAGGCCACGCCUCGCAUUUCGUUAGGAAAAAAGGUCCUGUUAAACCCCAAUCGAGAUCAAAUUUUGAAGCUUCCAUUCAUCGCUUAAUUAGUUGCUGCAGAGAGAAAGAAUGGCGAAUUUGCGAAGGACACUUCUAUUCACCAUUCCUCGAAUCCUCAAUUCCUCUAACAGAACAUCUCUUGCAACCUCCACACUCCAAUCUCACAGUCUUUACAGGCCUUUAGCUGGAACGUUUUCGCGUUUUAUUUCUUCCAAUGAGAUGAAUAUCGAUCUUACCGACGAAGAGAGCAAAAGACGUUUAUUUAACAGGCUUAUUUAUCGUAGUAAACAAAGAGGGUACCUGGAGCUAGACCUUGUUCUUGGCAAAUGGGUGGAGGAACAUAUACAAUCCAUGGACGAAAAUGGAAUUAAGUCCCUUGUUCAUGUCCUUGACCUGGAGAAUCCGGAUUUGUGGAAGUGGCUGACUGGUCAGGAGCAACCCCCAGAUGCAAUAAGCACAAAUCCUGUGUUUUCUGCUGUGCGUGAAAAGGUUAUGAACAACCUUGACAAACAUACUUCUCUGGAGACUCGUGCUCUUCCAGGAAAACCUUGGGUGAGAGGGUGGGAUGAUAUCAAGAAAGGCCGAGAUGCGCCUAUAGCUGGGAAUCAGUAGAUUUUUUUCUGCUAGAAGGUGUCAAAGAACAACUAAUUUGUAGUCUUGUAUAGGGACUCGUUAUUAUUAUGUAAGUGUAUUAAUAAGUAAUAGGUUGUCAGUUCUGUUUCAAUAAGGCCUCAGUAUAUGCUGAGUGUUAGCCUGGCCUGCACCCAUAUUGUUAUUGCUAUGAUAAAACCUUUGAUGUAAAAGCAUUUCUUUGGUUUAUAUGCGGAACUCGAAGUUCUAAAUGCCACCAUUUUGGUUUGAACUUCAAUACAAAAUUUAACAAUCUGAUGAAUUCAUCAGAAGUCGAUGA